ACCGGGAAACUGACUUGUCGUACCGUACAGCGGAGGAAGUGAGUGGCCGACAGAUCUAUUCACUAGCAGCUAGCUGCAGCGGCCUCGUGGCUACUUUCGCGACUCGCAUAUAUCGUCCUACUCGGUCAACCAACCUCCCUCGCUCCAAGCCACCCGAAAUUACCUAAGCCGCUUGCAGCCGCGGUCGGCGGAACGCGUUGAAGCUUCACCAAGCUCAGCUCUCCACCAACGCGGUCGAUCUGCAUACCAUUGAGCACGCACACGCACUAUAGAAUCAUGACCGACACCUCCAAGUCCGCCUUCUCGCUCUCCCUGCGGCCCUGGCCGGGUCAGAGCAAGCAAGCAGAGUCCAGCGCAGAGCUCCAGGCCCGACUGUUCCAGCAGCGGGGCCACUUUCGUCACAUCACAGAGGCCGGGCUCGAGGAGGAGAUCCGCGCGGCGGCGGCUGGCGAGACAAAAGACGGCGAGGAUGCCGACUCGCACGAGGGCGAGCAUGAGCUUACGGAGAAAGAGUGGCGGGAGAAGCUGGUGGCGCAGAAGAUACUGAUGUUAAAUUAUCUCCAACAGGCUAACAACGAAGCCAUGAUUGCGCGCGACUUUAUAUCGCUCCUCAUCUCGAAAGACUCGCCCAAGACCGCGCAGAUCUCCCUUUCACCGGCGGCGAGGGAAGCGGUGCCGAUGGGGUCCCUGGGCUGGACUAGGUGGCAUCGUCAAUCAGCGCUAGAGCCGACGAGUGAAGAGAAGGAGCAGGAGGAGCGUGAUGCGCUGUUGGCGCAAGGCGCGCGAGUACAGGCGCUGAACAACGCAGCUGAUAUCCUAUUAAAUGCCGCCACGCGCCUGGAGACGGACGUGCGGCGAGAGACAAAGUACUGGGAGCAGGUGCUGUCCAUCACCGAGAAGGGAUGGUCGGUACGAAAGAUUCAGAAUGACAGGUUCAAUAUGGGUGUUCAGUUAGGGUUCGCGGAAGCAAGUGAUCAGUUCAAGAGGAGGGGAUUCACUCCACUACGGACCGACGAAGACGGCAGUGUGAUUCUGGACCAGGAGCUGACAAAGACACCGCAUACCCUGAGAGUGCGCAUCGUACAGGAUGGGGUCAUUCUGGGCACAUCACAGCUUCGGCAACACGUCAAGACAGAUCAUGCCGAACUCGAACAACUGAUUGGACGGGCCAGAGAUUCCCUCUUCGACGAGGAGCUCUUCCAUGAAAUAUCUCUAGAAACACGGGAACUCUUGUCCUACGACGUCAAGAUGAAGGACUCCACCAUACGCAUCCCCCUAAUGUCCCCCACCCAAGAAGCAGACAACAAGCGCGAGAUCCAAAUCGACCUCAUGCAGCUCAGCGAGUCCACCGUGCCAUCCCACGAUCCAAGCCUCGACGACCUAGCACAAAACAUCGCCAUCGCACUCCGCCUGCUCCUCUCACGCGUCCAUCGACAGCGACUCCAGCGCCGCUCCGAGCUGCCCGCCCCCCUCUCCAGUCGCAAGGAGCAGAAACCGCCAGAGGCCAUCCUCAGACCGCUAAUGGCCUUCUUCCUCCAUCGCCGCGACGCAGCCGCCGUACGGCACUGUCUCGAACAGACGCGCAAGAUCCUCCGCUCCGCCGGCCUGGCCAUGCCCCUCGAAUUCCACACCUGCGAAAGCAUCACAUCCUCCAUCACCAAGAACCUCGCCUCGUCCACGUCUCCUUCUCCCUCCCCCAUCUCCACCCUCCUCGCCCCGUUCGUCCAAACCCUCCACUCAACCGCCCUCCUUACCCUCCCCUCCUCUUCUUCCCAAUCACCAUCAUCAUCAACCCCCCUCCACAUAACCCUAACAAUAAGCACAAAGCUCUCCCCCCCAACCUUCGGCACCCUCUUCACCCUGCACCCCCCCGCCCUCUCCAUCCCCACCGUCCCCGCCCUCUGCACCCACAUCCACACCCUCCUCGCCCUCGACAUAGCACACAACAUCCUCGGCCCCCGCGUCCUCCCCCGCUUCAGGCCCGACGAGCGCCAGGCAAUGCUCUACGGCGUGCUCGGCGGCGCCGCAGACACAAACGCCCAUCCGGACAAGGCGUGCAUGGUCAGCGUGGCGCUGCGCAGCGAUCGUCUGGUGGUCAGGCGGAAGAUGGUCAAGGCGAAGCAGGGGCGGGAGGAUGUGCUUUAUCAUGUUUGGACUGCGGAGGGCGGUAGCAGUGGGAAUGAGGUGGUGGUGGAUAUUGCCGAGGUGGUGCGUAGGUUUGUUGGUGUGGUGGCGUAGGUCUGGAGAUUGAGGAUAUGGAGAGAUGGUGGGAGUAUGCGUAGGAGUAGUAGUAGUAGGGCAAUCUAUGUGAUAAUCUAUAAGCCUGCAUUGUUGUUGUUUGCAGGGAAAAUAAAUAUAAGUAUUGAGAAAGGACAAAGAAUAUAAAAAGGCUUUGUAAAUGGGUAUCCAACGAGAAAACCGCGGUGCCGCUGCUGGUGGUGGUGCGAAGCGACACAGAUGCAAAUGCCAUGUUAUCCCGACCAUCAAUCACAUCACCACAAAUCAAAAACACUCUC